AUGACGGGACACUUGACAAUGCUCGCAGAACAAUUCCAAGUUACUCGCGAUCACAGAUUCCCGAUUCUCCUCGUGGACAACGCCAUCCUGCGAGCUCAAGUACAAGCAUUGUCUGCCAAAGCCGAGGCGAAAGAUCUUCACCUUAUCCUGUCCCAGCCAACCUUCCUCAGCCAACAGCCAAUCAGUUACAUUUUCUCCAAAGACACUCUAAUCCUUGCCCUACCCGUACCACUAUGCCACAAGACAAUGUCCAGACCUUUCCGCACUUACAUCUCCCCCGACAGCAUCCUGGCCAUCAACCGCACGUACUGGCGUUAUCACAACCCGAAUACGCUGGUCACAGACAAAGGAUUUCGGACGACUUUCGAAAUCACGCCGGAAACGUUAGGCAAGU